AAUGAAAGGAAUCCUGUGCGUGAGUAAUUCCGGGAAGCUCGCCUUACAACUGCGCGCGGCUCCAGCCCCCUGCGCCGCCUGCCCCAUAACAAAACUCGGAGCGGCGCUGCGCGGAGCCGGGUUCCCAGUGAACUGCGGUCCCGAUCGGAGAGGAGUGGGACUCGAGAGCGGCCUGGGACCGCCACCGCGACAGCCGCGAUAAGCGCGCACUGGGCGCCGGGCCUGGCGGAGAGCGGUCUCCAGCCCAGAGGGCAUCUUCUGCGAAAAUGGCCGUGGAUCCCUUAUCCAGCAAAGCCCUGAAGGUCAAGCGCGAGCUGAGCGAGAACACGCCGCACCUGUCGGAUGAGGCGCUGAUGGGGCUGUCGGUGCGCGAGCUGAACCGCAACCUGCGCGGGCUGUCGGCGGAGGAGGUGACGCGGCUGAAGCAGCGGCGCCGCACACUCAAGAACCGCGGCUACGCGGCUAGCUGCCGCGUGAAGCGCGUGUGCCAGAAGGAGGAGCUGCAGAAGCAGAAGUCCGAGCUGGAGCGCGAGGUGGACAAGCUGGCGCGCGAGAACGCCGCCAUGCGCCUGGAGCUCGACGCGCUCCGAGGCAAGUGUGAGGCGCUGCAGGGCUUCGCGCGCUCCGUGGCCGCCUCCCGCGGGCCCGCUGCCCUGGUGGCGCCCGCCAGCGUCAUCACCAUCGUCAAGUCCGCGCCGGGCCCCGCCCCUGCUGCCGACCCCGCCCCCUGCUCCUAGUACCCGCCCCCACCCUACCCCACCCCUCGGACCCACUCCAGUCCUAAAGUGCCUGAGUGCCUUCUGCUCCCCAUCCCUUUUCUCUGCCACGGCUACCCGGUUGUAGUGACUUCACAUUCCUUUCCUGGGCUCUACCUCUUGCAGGCCCCCCAGACCAGGACCUGAUGGCUCUGGGGAGGGGCAACUUUGCUAAGUUGAGGGUGGGGGGAGGCGUUGGGGUUCUAAGUUUCCCUGGGCUGAAAGUCCGUCUCAGAUUGAAAAUGAGGUCGUGUAGAAAUGGCUGGGAGGAGAGCUGGUAGAAGAGGCUUUGGAUUAUGCCAGCAUACCCUUCCGACCCUCCCAGGACUCGGACUAGGUGUGGCCUUGUGAGACUGCCCUGCUGGGAAGCAGACCUCCCAACGGUGUUUGGGAUUUGGCAAUGUCAGGCUUUCCCAAGCUGAGAGUCUUUGGAACGGACCAAUGGAGCUCAAUUGACACAUGGGGAAGCUGUCAGGCAAAACGACCUAAGGCCACUGAGCACGGAAUAGUUGAGCUGCAAACCCAAGUGGGGCCUUCUUACAGCUGCCUUAAUGAACAUUCCAAGCGUGGCUUUCACAGGGGGAACAGUACCCGGGGACUGAACAACGUGGUAGGAGAGCCUCCGGGGCCUGGGAGACAGCUGUCUGUAUGGUGGGGAAAGAAGCUGAAGGAGAGAGAAGGUGACACAAAGGGAUGAGGUGAGGAGCUGGCCAGCCAGAGAAGGAAGAAUGGAGACACCACUGUGGUAGAGGGAGACACUACAGUCCUGAUGCGGGGGAAUGGGGUGGGGGUGGGGCGACUUGGAGUUAAGGCUUCCACUUUGGUCUGGAGUAUCUGUGGUGAUCUGGGGGACUGAUCACUGUCCCCCUGGGAAGUCCAGCCCUGCCUAGCAGCUUCCCAACACUGUAUACAGCUGACUCUUCCACACUCUUUAUUUAUUGCACGAAUCUAAGUUAUUCUCAUCAGCCAGAGUCCAGCUCCUCUUCCCUGGGAAAUACGUGGGCCCUGAGCUGGACUUAUAUUUUAUAUCUACAAAUAAAUCACAUUUAAUCUUAUAUUUAGGGAAAGCUGGAUGGCAACAAUAGAUUUUUUUUUUUUUAAAUUGCCCAGCUCCCAGAGUUUAUUUAUUUUCUGACUUCAAGUGAGCCAGUUAUCUGCCUUGAGUAUUUUGUAGACUUUCUGAAUAAAGUCAAGUUCUCUUUUUCCACAA